GGAAGAGCAGCUGAUAGCUACCUGAGUUAUAUUUAAACCGAUGAGCGACAGUUACGUUGCGUUUUAUCGAUGAUAACGAAUUGAAAAAGACGCAUUUUAACAAACUGAUGUUUCGGAUUCAGGCGGUUUCAUUCCUCUCCUCACUGAGUGGGUAACCACAAAGAAAGGAAGCAAUGAACUUCCAGGGGAGUCGGAGGCGAGGAGAGGAUGGGAUUGGCAUGGUGAUUGACUUCCUGCUGUCCAAUGCUCGGCUGGUUCUGGGAAUUGGGGGAGCUGCCGUGCUGGGAAUCGCUACACUGGCAGUGAAACGGCUGAUAGAGCGCGCAGGCCGCGCCACCGAUGAUGAGAAGGUGGAGCAGAAGUUGGCUGAGAGCUGGGAGGAGCUGAGCUCGGCUUCACCCGAGAUGAUCAGGAAGGGCAUCGAGGGCGUGGUGAAGAAACAUGUUACCAAGGCAGUGAGACAACAGAAAGAUGACCUGAACCAGCAGCCUCAGCUGUCCAAACCUGAGUCCAAGUCCAAGCGGCUCCAGCUGUGUGUCCUCACUCUGCAGGAGCGUCUGCAGCAGUACUAUCAGACGAGGGCAGCGCUCACUCCACAUGAGGUCCAGAGAGCCCAGGCUCUGGCUCUGGACAUCUGCACGGAGAUCCAAGGCUUCCUGCACAGCCGUCACCCCGACAUGCCGCUGGGGGAAAUGAGGCUCGGCGGUUCUCUGGUGGACGACCUUCAGGUGGUCACUGCAGACCAUGUGUGUCUGCUCAUGCCUCUGCAGCUGGAACCCUCUCUGUGGCGGCUCAUCCCGGGGGAGGAGACUCUGAUCACACACCCUCUGCACUGGAUGGUCCGCCGGGUUAAUCUGGAAUAUUUCCCAAGAGGACGGAGCUACUGGGACAGGCACCUGGUGGGUGGCUACCUGUCUGCAGAAGCUGUUGGGAACAUGUUGAGUAAAGCUGUCCUGGAAACUAUAAACUGGCCGUCAAUCAGCAGCGUGAUGUACUGUCUCAUCAGACCAGUACCGGGAGGAUCGGACCCGAGACUGGAGAUUCGGCUUCGUGAUGACGAGGGAGUAGAGACCAGUGAUCCACCUUUGUUCAUCUCCAUGUUGCCUCUGCUGAGGCAGGAGGACGUUGUCCUGACUGCCCAGCCCGAGCUCACCUCUCCCUGGGUCAACGCCUGGCACCUGUCGCUCUACCCGUGGGAAACUCAGCGUCUGGCACAACUCGACGCCGCAGACGACGGCCGCCGCAGACACACACUCAAGAUCCUGAAGGCGGUGUGCAGACUGAACCCGGCCCUGCGACCGCUCCCAGCUGCCCCGCUGGCCAAUCUCAUCCUGCACCUCAGUGACGGUGAAAGCGACUGGAGCGAGUCCAGCCUGCAUGUGAGAUUCCAGCAGUGCAUCACAGAGCUGAUUGGCUACCUUGAGCAAGGGGCGUUACACAGCUACUUCAAACCAGCUGUCAAUCUGCUGAGCGGCUUGUCAGAGGACCAGGUGGACCAGAUGGGCUUCAUGCUCUACUGCGCCGUGUCAGAGCCUGAAAUCCUGCUCAUAUGACCGAGCUGCACACACACAACACUUUACUUGACACACAGACGUCGGGAAGUUAAUCUUUCCUCAUCCUUGACGUUUGGUUCAAGGCAAAGACAUUUUAUUCCCACUGCGAUCUCGGCUUGUGGAGCUUCCUCAUCCGGUGUUAUUGGAAGGGAAGAGGGAACAGUUGCAAUAAGAAAAUGGCAGGUACCAUGGACUGACCGGACGAGAGGCAAUAAGGAGGCUGCAGAUGUGAAAGGGUUAAUCAAGGAAAGGAAAUGUGCCAAGGAAAGGAGCUGAGGAAGUGUUUAUCAAAUGUUACCAGAAUGGGUCUCAGUAGAACGCACACCUCCGUCAAGGCCCAACACUCACCUCAGAUUUAAUCCAGCCACACACAGUCAUUCAUAGAACUCAGUCAGAUGUGGUACUAACAUCCAUCCUGAGUGAUCCACCACACAAUGAACCAAACAUAUUAUUACACUCCUCAGUGUCCAUGCGUUGAUUUGUUUGAAGCCACAGCAUCAACACUUCCUUCCCUUAAAUUGGUCAAAUCUGCCUUAAAGGUUUAGUGUGUAAGAUUUAGGUGAAAGGGAUCUAAUGGUAGAAAUGGAAUAUAUAAAAAAAAAACUAGUCAUGUUUUCUCUGGUUGUUUUCUUUACUCUAGAAUGAGUCCUUUUAUAUUUAAACAGUUUAUAUUUAAAGCAGGAGCGGGUCCUCUCUACGGAGGCCGCCAUGUUUUUUUACAGUCAUACAAACUAUCACGUUUUGAUUUUUCAUGACAACUGAAGGUUUCCACAGGUUCUCCUGUUUGGAAGGGGAGGGUGAGGUGAGGGGUAAUCAGAUGCUAUGUUCACUUCAACACUAGAUGUCACUGAGUUCUACACACUGAGCCUUUAAAGCUGCAGGAGAUCCAUUCAGAAUUCAACAAAUGUCUGGACCCAUGCCAAAAUUUACCGGGGUUCUUUCUUGGGCCUUGUCCCAUCCUUCUACCAAGUUUCAUGGAAAUACGUUCUGUAUUUUUUUAUGAAUACUCCUGACAAACCAAUGCCUGGUGGCUUUGUGGUGUGUGUCAAUGUGAACACAAACACCCACACAUAUACAGUAGCUAGGCCUUUGUCAUUAUUCUUCACAAGGAGUAAGAGGUGGUCAACAUGGCCACAUACAGCUCAGUACUUUAACAGCUUGGGGGGGAGGACAGUUGGUUUAACUCUGCCUCUCGUUCAUGGCGCUCGCUCUGCUUCGUUUUCCUGAAUCUCCUUUAAUAGAUUAUAACUAUGCAGAGAAAGAAUGAGCUGCUGAAAUCCAUCAGGUGUGGCUGCACUUAUUUAACUAUUCAGAGUUGGGCUUAUCUAACUCCAGCGUGUAUAUUUUCAUACUUGAGAUUGAAGUGUGCAGUAUUUUUGGCUUGUUUAAUGUCUGCCAAUAAUGUUUGGGUGAAUUAACCCUUUAACUUAUGAUUAAAGAUGCCUAAUGAUUUUAAGCCAUUGCUUUUAAAGACAGAAUGAAAGUGUUGGGGGGGGGGGUCGUUUGUGUUUUCUUCAUUGUGGAUGUAAGAGAGAUUUUCUGUGAUUUGAAACUGAAAAUAAAAAACAAAACCACU